CACUCGUCAACACUGUCCAUUGCUCUGUUUAAACUGUUGGUGGUGGAGUUAUCCUGAGCUUCUUGCCUUAUUUUACGAUAUAAUAUACAAUACUGAGUGUUUUUCGCGAUGAUGGCGAGCCCUUCGCUACCGAGAAAGAACGCCCGGAAGGGUUGUAGUGGCCAGAAUAUCAAGGUGUUCGUCAGAUGCAGACCAAUGAAUUCUUUCGAGAAGAAUAGCAAGUCAUUUGGUGUUAUAGAAUGUCAGAACAACAGAGAGUUAGUUGUUCGGGACAAACCGUUGGAUAAGUUUGCAAAGACCUUCACCUUUGAUCGAGUUUUUGGUCCAGAUUCAAAACAGAUUGAUGUGUAUAAAUCAGUUGCAAAGAACUGUGUUGAUGAAGUUCUUAGUGGCUUCAAUUGCACUAUCUUUGCAUAUGGACAAACAGGCACAGGGAAAACUUUCACAAUGGAAGGAGAUCGUACUCCAGACACCACUUCGUGGGAUGAGGAUCCAAUGGCAGGCAUCAUACCGCGUUGUGUCAACCACUUGUUUGAUGAAUUACGAAUACAGAAGCUGGAGUUCACGAUGCGUGUCUCCUUUCUUGAGCUCUACAAUGAGGAAUUAUUUGAUCUGCUGUCUGCUCAUGAUGACAUGUCUAAACUCAGACUGUAUGAAGAUUCUUCCCGAAAAGGUUCUUGCAUUAUUCAAGGACUUGAGGAGGUACUGGUGCGCUCUAAGUCAGAUGUGUACAGUGUGUUAGAGAAGGGUUCAACUAAACGUCAGACUGCAGCCACUCUUAUGAAUGCACAUUCCAGCCGUUCCCAUACAGUGUUUACAGUUACCAUACACAUUAAAGAAAACACCGUGGAUGGUGAUGAACUUCUUAAGACUGGUAAGCUACACUUAGUGGACUUGGCUGGAUCAGAGAAUAUUGGCCGUUCAGGUGCAGUGGACAAGAGAGCUCGAGAAGCGGGCAACAUAAACAUGUCUCUUCUGACCCUUGGCCGAGUCAUCACUUCACUUGUUGAAAAGGCUCCUCAUGUUCCCUACAGAGAAUCAAAACUGACUCGCCUUCUGCAAGAUGCCCUUGGUGGGCGCACAAAGACUUCUGUUAUUGCCACAGUCUCACCAGCCUCCAUCAACUUGGAAGAAACUCUCUCCACACUGGAUUAUGCUCACAGGGCCAAGAAUAUCCAGAACAAGCCAGAAGUCAACCAAAAACUGAACAAGAAGGAACUCAUUGGGGAAUAUUCCGAGGAAAUUGAACGCUUGCGUCGUGACUUGAUGGCUAUGCGAGAAAAAAAUGGAGUUUACCUGGCCCAUGAAAACUAUCAGGAAAUGAUGGUGACGAUGGAGCAACAAGCUCAGGAAAUAACAGAGAAAAUCAGUCACAUUCGGGCACUUGAAGAGGAUGUCGAAAAGAAGAUGGAAAUGUUUACGGAUGUGUGUCAUCAACUGGAUAACACAACUGAAAAACUCAAAGACACAACGGAAAAACUGGUGACAACUAAAAACACCCUCGUCUGCACACAGAAACUCUUGCACAACACAGCUCUGGAACGUGACGAACAAAAGUAUAUUGUCUCUGCUCAUAGAAAAACAGAGGAAAAGUUGAAGGCACAAGGCAAAGCACUGGUCAAUGUGGCUGAUACCACCACCAAUGAUCUUGUCAAGUUGCACAACAAAUUGGAUCGGAAAAAGGAAGUUGAAAGCAAAAACGCUGCUGUCAGUGAGGAGUUCCAACACUUGUACUUGAAGAAUGUGGAAGCAGUGCAAAGAGGCCUGACCUCAAAUGUAACCCAACAGAAAGCUGCUAUUAAUACAAUUUCUUCCCAGUUUGGUGACUGUGUUAAGCAGUGCAAGCAGCAGGUGUCAGAAAUAAGUAGCCAGUUGACAGCUUUUGGACAGUGUCAAGCAAACCUUAUUCAAAAUUUUCUGGCUCUCUACAAAAAUAAGGUUGAAGUUCAAGUAUCAUCCACAAAAGCAAUGACUGACUGUGUGUGUCAAGACUGUGAUCAGCAGGAGACAUCGCUUCACAGCUUCCAGAAGACUGAAGCUUUACCCAUCUUAGAUAACAUUGCAUCACUCAUAUCUUCCAAUGCCACCACUAUCACCAAUCUUUACUCUGUCUUAAAUAGCAAACUAACUUCCAUGGAUGAAUGCUGUGAAACUUUUCACCAACAUCAGUCCAAACUAAUUGCCCAGUUGGAACAAGAGAUGAAUACUCACUUGGAGACCCAAAAUGGUUGCAGUACUUCUUGCCUUGACAUUGUGAAUAAUUUGAGUACCUCCACAGAAGCUUGUUUGCAGCACCUGUCAUCCACCAUCAACACUGUAGUAGCCAACCUAUCAGAAGUACAGACUGGGAUUAAAUCAUUUGCCGUUUCUAGUACUGAGGGCUUGAUUGGCAUACGUUCAAAUAUCAACAUGGCUCAAGGAAACACAAAGACAGCAAACAGCAGCAUGAAGUUACUGGUGAAAAGCAUUGGUGAUGAAAGUGUCAAUCAUGUGUCAACCACACACAAUCUAAGGAAGGAAGCACAAAGCACGAUGGAAGAAUUACUUAAUCAGCUUGAGAGUAAUGUUCAACAUAUGGGAGAAGAACGCUGUAGUUUGGAAUCCACCGUGGACCAUUAUACUAGCAGGACUUACCAGACCAUAGCCAAUACACGUACAGUAGUACAGAGCCACAUUAAAGAAAUGGAAAUCAAGAUGGCAGAUGAUGUGAAAAAUGCUACAGUGAAAAUGGAGACAGCAUUAGAGGAUCUUACCGAGGAUGUUGAGAACAAAAAUGAAGCUUUAGCAGCUGAGAUCUUGAGACUUGAGGCAGAGAGCUGUCGCCUCAAUGAUGACUGUCAGAUGGCAGUAAGUAAUCUGCAGAAGUGGUCUGAUAAACAUGAAGAAGAACUCAGUGUUCAAGGGACACAAGUCCUGGAAUUCUUCUCUGAGAAGAUGGCUAAAGAUUUGCCAACAGGUGAAACUCCAGUCCGUCAAGAAUAUCCAUUUUCAAAACAGUUGCCUUUUACUUCUCCUUAUGAGAGACUUCUUGAGAGAUAUCGAUCUGGCACGGUCUCCACAUUGUCAAGGAUCCCACUUCCAUGCUUUGAUGACACUGAGGAUGAAUUGAGUCCAUCGUCGGCAGAGAGUUCACAACUUUCAACAUCUGGGUGCUCACAGCUGGAAGAGGAAUCGGACAGCAGAUCACGAUCAGGAUCUUUUUCUUCCCAGAAGGGUGACACUAUGAAAUUCCUCAUACCCAAUCCACCUCUACAACGGGAAGAUUCUGGCAUUCCCCUCUCCCGCUCCUCUUCAUCAUCUUCCCUCACUGAUACCAAGGAUAAUAAGGAGAAUACCAAAGUAUCACGCCAAGGGAGUACGAAAAAGCGGGAACUGAAGCAGCCCAGCUUGUACCUAAGCAACAGCCAGGAAAAGUUGGCCCCGUCGGAGACAAAUACGAGAUCUAGAAAAAUAUUGGGUUCACAAAACUAGUGAUAGAAUGGGUAAAUUCUUUUCUUGGUGAUUUACUUAAAAUUACUCCAAGAAGUCUUAAGUAAGGCAAAUUGUGAGUAUUCUGACAAAGAGAGAACUUUAAACAAUGAUAUGUAAACCUGAAAAGAUGCCCUAGAAACUUCCCUGCAUUGGUAAAGAACCAUUAGUCAAUUCUUAUGGAGUAUUAUCAUACAGCUACUGGUACUACCUUUCCCUUUAAAUGUACAGUUUGAUAUUAUAAUUUCUGCUUACCUCACAUUAACUAUGCCUUUGAUUCAUUUUGUCACAUGGUGUUUGCUAUCCUUUAGAUUUUAAAUAAACAAGAUUGAAUUUGUUGUUUUGUGUUGAGGUAACAUUUAAGGUCAUUGCUCAUUUCUUUAAUUUAGUGGUUAGCAUGACCCCCAUCAAACUUUUCUUAGAAGCUCAUACAUUGGCCAUUGUAUAGUGCAUUGAAAAUAAAGUGAAAGUUAAUUCAUAAGAUUACAUUUAUUUAUUGCAUCAGUUUUCCUGAAAAUGGUUAACUCUGAAAUUAUAUAAUUGGUUAAUAGAAGAAUGUUUUGAAAGAUAUAGUAACUAAAAUAUUUGACAAAAGACAUUUACUGUAUACAGUAUGAGUUGCUUUAGCAAAUUAUAUAAUAUAUAUAUAUAUAUAUAUAUAUAUAUAUAUAUAUAUAUAUAUAUAUAUAUAUAUAUAUAUAUAUACACACACACACACAGGGGUUCCUCAAUAUCCGUGGUUUCACAUUUACAGGGCAAAGUUGUUGCUGAAUUAUACAUAAAAAGUCCCCACAUUUAUGGGGAAUAAUAUCCGCUAUACCACCAUUUAUUCCCAAUACAGUGCAAUUUGUUUUAUCUAAAUUCCUGGAGACAAAUGAUGGUUUAGAUACCAGGAUGUGCCUACAAGAACAUGCAAUAAUUAUCGUUAAGUCAAAAUUCGGUUUAGCUGUGGCUUGACUCACUGAGAGGAGGUUAACUUGUGUUGAGGUGGCGUGCUGCCAUUGUUACAUCUAAUGAAACUAUAAAAGUUGGAAUAAAUGCAACAAUACAGUACUGUACUCUAAUGUGGCUUAGAAUUAAAGAAAAUAUAAAAUAAACGAUAAAAUAGACAAAUUAAGACUGUGGGUGUGUAUGUUUGGGCUUGUGGAAGCAGUGUGCUUGGAGUCAGCUGGGUGGCUGCUCACCAAAUACAGUGUCUAAUCUCCCACGGUUUUCUUUCUUUUUUUUGUGCGAAUUCUUGAAAAAUCAUUGCAAUUCUUUGAGCCAUGAGUUCAAAAUGUAGUGCUAAACUGAGUGCUAUCCAUAAAAGGAAGCAUAGCAGCUAUGGACUGAACAUGAAUUAGACAUUAUUCGUCGGACGAAAAGUAGUGAACUUAUGAUAGACAUUUUACAUGCUGUUCAGAUUCCCAAGUAAAAAUUAUAAAACAAAAGUAAUCCCUUUUAGUGUCACUUAGUAUUUUAUGGUCCCACUCAAACCCUAUUUCCAUUAUGUCUUAUGGCCAGAAAUUCCCCGCUGUAAGUGGCAAUUUUCCAGUCCCUAAUAGCCUCGGAUAAUGAGGACCUCCUAGAAGGUAGAAUUUGGUUUUUUAAGUACUGUACCAUGCAUAUCAUUAGUUCUGUAAGUAGUGGUUGAAAGUUCGACUCGCCAAAAAAGUCCUUCAAUGUUUGUUAUAAGGUCAGUUCUACUGUCAAUCAGCAGCAGUCAAAAUUAAUUAGAUGCAAUAUUUAGGGAAGCUACAGUUAUUAGGAAGAUGUGCUUUGAAUUUAAUGAGUACUGUACAGUAUUUAGUUUCAUUGGUGGAUAUUACAUGGACACCUGCACAUUUUUUCUCUUCCAUUCAAGAAAUAUAGUUGCCCUCCAUCCAUUUAUUAUUAAUAUGAGCUAUCUUAAAAUAAUAUGUAGCUGCUAUGUCAAGAUUUGUAAGACUUAAUAGCUAUAUAGAUUUAUUAAAGAAAAUCUAGUAUUCCUUUUAAUAAAAAUACUGUACAUACAUUGCAAUUAUAAAUAAUUAUACAAAGGUAAACAAAAAAGUAGUGUAUGGUUCAGAAUGUAAGUACACUACAGUAAACUCCCUACUAUCCAUAGAGGUUGGAAGAAGUGGGAGAGAGACUUCUUGUGGAUAGCUGAGUCUUCUGAAUGUAUGUUUGAGAUAUAUUUUACAGAAGCAACUCUAUUUAUAAUACAGGAUAAGUGUGGCUACCAAUUUUAAUGUUCAUUUUAUUGUGUAACAUGGUAAAAUAACUUUUUAACAGUAGUUUAUAUUUUAUAUUUACAACCUUGGUACAUUGUGGUACAGUAAUAAGGCUUCAUACAAUAGUAGCAAAAAAAGCAGUUUAUUUUGCCCUGUGGUACAAAGGUUAUGCAAGUUCUUUUAUUUUAUUUUAUCCAAUAUAUUCACUUCAUUCAUUUCUUAAGUUGCCCUGGGUGAAACCCGGACAAAACAUAAGGUUCAAAUAUCUCGCAUAAUGGAUAAUUUUAGGGUUAUGUUUACUUUUAGGAUAUUGUACAGUGUGUGCAUGUGUCAAAUCUUGUCUGUACACCUUUAAAAGGAGUGCGGCGGUCGAGUGGAUACAGCACUUGACUCCCAUUCCAGGGGUCAAUGGUCUUUUCCUGGGCGCUCCCAGUUCAUCCAGCUGUAAAUGGGUACCUGAGUUUACAACUGGGGAAUGAAGGCGGUCGAGAGUAGCACUGGCCAUGCUGCCUCCUUGUGUACUGAAGGCUUAGUGUACAGUGUGCUGUCUCCACACUGUCCCUAAUGGGCAGUCAUGCCUAUGGAACCUACAUUCACACUUGUGAAGACUUUCUAUACAGUAAAAAUGUUUUACAUAUCAGUAGGAAUGUGAAACAGUAUAUAAUAAAUUUGAAGUAGAUAAAA